AUGGCCGACUUGGAGCCCAAAGUGUCCCCACCGCCAGCCUCGUCGACCACCUACCCCUACCCCUACCCCUACCCCUGUCUCCCCUGGCUCGGGCCGGAAUACAGCAACGACAACAUCAACUUCGACACGCAGUUCCAGGACUGGCAGAUGGAGAGCCCAGCCGUGGUGCUGCAAGAGGCCCUGGCCGAGCUGUGGAAGAGACUGGUCGACGGCAUUUCCGCCGAGUUGGGCUUGGGCUUGAGUGCCUUGCCGGGGUCUGUGUCCGCGGCUUUCCACGCCGCUGCGGGUGUAACGAGGCCAGGGUCGGGGUCGGGAUCCGGGUCGAGGUCAUCAUAA